UUGGGGGAGAGGCGGAGCUGAGGGGGGGGGGGGCAGGUCUGCAUUGCCGCUUCCCCUGAUACCCAGAGCAGCCGCUGCCGCUGCCUCCUCCCAGCGGCCCCGACAUCCUCCUCCCUGCUUCAUUGCCUCGGGGACCCUUCCCAGGACACCAAUGUUUCCUGCAGAGACCUGACUGCUCUUCUUUUUCUAGCCUGAACUUUGCAACUCAGCUCCAACCAACCCGAUUCUCCUCUCCUUUCCCUUAACCUCUCCCCACGUCCCUACUUUUUCACUAUGUUGAACAGGUUGUAGGUUUAUGUUUUCUACCAAAUAUCGUCAAAGCCUCCCUGUCCUACUCCUUACCUCUCUAAUGCAUGUCCCUUUCUGGUCCUACCUUCUCUUUCAUUCUAUGCCCAAAGCUCUUUGAAUGUACUUUACCUGGGGUAAAGUGCAUUUACUGGGGGGUCUUCUAAAAUCUAGAGAUUUCUUGAGGGACAGGACAGGGAGGGAGAGAAGGCAGAGGGAGGACCCCUGAGGGGUGUCCAAAGACUCCAGUCUGCCAUGGAUGAAGGCUUCCGUGACCGGACAGCCUUCAUCCGUGGAGCUAAAGAUAUUGCAAAGGAGGUCAAGAAGCAUGCAACCAAGAAGGUGGUCAAGGGCCUUGACAGAGUUCAGGAUGAAUAUUCGAGGAGGUCCUAUGCCCGAUUUGAGGAGGAGGAUGAUGAUGAUGACUUCCCUGCCCCAGCUGAUGGUUAUUACCGUGGGGACGGAGUUAGAGAAGAUGAAGAAGAAGGGGGUGCAUCCAGUGAUGCCACUGAGGGCCAUGACGAGGAUGAGGAGAUCUAUGAAGGGGAAUAUCAGGGAAUCCCCAGGGGAGAAUCAAGUGGAAAGGGAGAGCAUUUGGCAGAUGGGGCUCCCCUGGCUGGGGUGAGGGGAGGCUUGGGCGAUGGAGAAGGCCCUGGAAUUGGAGGGGAAGCUCAGCGGCGGAAGGAGAGGGAAGAGCUAGCCCAGCAGUAUGAAACCAUCUUGCGGGAGUGUGGCCAUGGCCGGUUCCAGUGGACCCUCUAUUUUGUCCUGGGUCUGGCACUUAUGGCUGAUGGGGUCGAAAUCUUCGUGGUGGGGUUUGUGCUGCCCAGUGCUGAAAAGGACAUGUGCCUGUCUGACUCCAACAAGGGCAUGCUGGGCCUCAUUGUCUACCUGGGUAUGAUGGUUGGAGCUUUUCUCUGGGGAGGUCUGGCUGACAGAUUGGGUCGGCGACAAUGUCUGCUCAUCUCACUCUCCGUCAACAGCGUCUUCGCAUUCUUUUCAUCCUUCGUCCAGGGCUAUGGCACAUUCCUCCUCUGCCGCCUGCUCUCUGGGGUUGGGAUUGGGGGAUCUAUCCCUAUUGUCUUCUCCUAUUUCUCUGAGUUCCUGGCCCAAGAGAAGAGAGGGGAACAUUUGAGUUGGCUUUGCAUGUUCUGGAUGAUUGGUGGUGUGUAUGCAGCUGCCAUGGCCUGGGCCAUCAUUCCUCACUAUGGCUGGAGUUUCCAGAUGGGCUCUGCUUACCAGUUCCAUAGCUGGAGGGUUUUUGUUCUUGUGUGUGCCUUUCCUUCUGUAUUUGCCAUUGGGGCCCUGACCACACAGCCAGAGAGCCCCCGAUUUUUCCUGGAGAAUGGGAAACAUGAUGAAGCCUGGAUGGUCCUGAAGCAAGUCCAUGACACCAACAUGAGAGCGAAGGGGCAUCCCGAGAGAGUGUUCUCGGUGACCCACAUUAAGACCAUCCGUCAGGAGGAUGAGUUGAUUGAGAUUCAGUCAGACACAGGGACCUGGUACCAGCGCUGGGGGGUCCGGGCAAUGAGCCUGGGGGGCCAGGUUUGGGGGAAUUUCCUUUCCUGUUUCAGCCCUGAAUAUCGGCGUAUCACCCUGAUGAUGAUGGGCGUGUGGUUCACCAUGUCAUUUAGCUACUAUGGCUUAACCGUCUGGUUCCCGGACAUGAUCCGUCACCUCCAGGCAGUUGACUAUGCUGCCCGAACCAGGCUCUUUGCAGGAGAGCGAGUGGAACACGUGACCUUCAACUUCACCCUGGAGAACCAGAUUCACCGUGGGGGCCAGUACUUCAAUGACAAGUUCAUUGGCCUGAGACUGAAGUCGGUGUCUUUUGAGGACUCACUGUUUGAAGAAUGUUAUUUUGAAGAUGUCACGUCCAGUAACACAUUCUUUCGGAACUGCACGUUUAUCAACACGAUAUUCUACAACACAGACCUGUUUGAGUACAAGUUUGUAGGCAGCCGGCUGAUCAAUAGCACGUUCUUGCACAGCAAGGAGGGGUGCCCCCUGGAUGUGGCUGGGACAGGUGAAGGUGCCUACAUGGUUUACUUCGUCAGCUUUCUGGGGACGCUAGCUGUGCUCCCUGGGAACAUCGUGUCAGCCUUGCUCAUGGACAAGAUUGGCCGGCUUCGAAUGUUGGCGGGCUCCAGUGUGAUGUCAUGCAUCUCCUGCUUCUUCCUGUCCUUUGGGAACAGUGAGUCUGCCAUGAUUGCUCUACUCUGCCUCUUCGGCGGGGUCAGCAUCGCGUCUUGGAACGCGCUGGAUGUGCUGACCGUUGAGCUCUACCCUUCAGAUAAGAGGACCACUGCCUUUGGCUUCCUGAAUGCUCUGUGCAAACUGGCUGCUGUGCUCGGGAUCAGCAUCUUCACCUCUUUUGUGGGGGUCACGAAGGCUGCCCCCAUCCUCUUUGCCUCGGCUGCUCUCGCCCUCGGCAGUUCCCUUGCCCUAAAACUUCCAGAGACGCGGGGGCAGGUGCUGCAGUGAGGGAGAGUUGGAGGACAUGGGGGCAGUGCACUGUGAGACCAACAGCUCCUUCAUCCCCACCCACCUCCAUCUGGCCCCAAGAACCCCCUAUUACCCUUCUAGCCCUCUUUGUGUUUGAUGUCUUAGCUGUGUGUGUGUUUGUAUGUGUGUGUGUGUGUGCACGUGUGUGCAUGUGUAUGUAUGUGUGGUCCUCAUGGGGCAGGGGCUACGGAGGAGAAAGCUCUUUUCCCUCCCUACCUCCAACUGUCCUUAAUGUCCAGAAGAUUCUCCCUUUUCCCCUGAUGUUACGGUUAAGGCUCUUACCCCUACUUCAGGGCUUUCAGACAAGGCCCUCAUUCAGCCUGUACUAACCUUAGUUCUUUCCCAGAGCUAAGAUCCAGGAGAAGGGGGCUGGGGCAGGGUGGGGAUGAGGUCUCUCUUUUCGCCUUGGCUCUUCUGUAUGUUUUUCAGGGGUGAAGGGAGUAAAGAGUACAAAGACCAGGGGUCUGAAGAUGAGGUACAGGAUUUUGGGCAGAGAGAACUACUGAAAUGAAGGGUCACAGGAUACCCUCCUAUACCUCCCUGUGGAUGCUGGUAGGGGUAGCAAUAAUCCUUAGCCCCCUGGGCUUCCCCUUUUUGUCCCGCGAUUUGGGUUGCAAGUUUGAAUCCCGAGUUUCAUAAAGUUUGAUUUUUUAUUUUUAUUUCUUUAUAUUCAGUUCUGAGGCAGCUCAGCAGGUGUGUGUGUAUGUGUGUGUGUGUGUGUGUGUGUGUGUGUGUGUGUGUGGUGUAUUGUGUGUAUGUAGUGGGGAGGGAGAUGUUGCUGUAUUGUCUUGAAAUUUAAGCUAAGGGUAAUUUUAACAGAUAUACAUGACUGUGGCCUCACCAACACAGUUCCCCACUUGUCUUUCCUGGGUCAAGCCUAGGAAGUGGAACCUCUAGGCUGGGUGGGCAAAAGAAACACCUAGACUUGGGGACAACUCUAGGUUAACCAUGAUCUAAGCACAGUGUCCCCUCCCUUUUCCCCUAGAGAAGCACAGGCUGCCCUGCCUACUAUAGCACAGAGAGAACAGCACAGGCACCCGCUCUUUCCAAAGGGGCCCCAUUCUAGGAGUCAUGGGGAGGCCGAAGAGACCAGCAGAUAGAUCUAAAAGCACAAGGAUCCCGGAGUGGGAAGACAGGGUCCCUUUCCCUGAGCCCCUCUAGCCAGGCUGGGAGCUCUGGGGAGGUUCCAGCCCCAGCCCAGGAGCCUCAGCUCCCCCAUAUAAUCUCUUCCCCAUGAAAUGGCCCCUGCCAUUUAAACUGUAGCUGUUCCUUACCCUGUGUGACUGGUCUUUCUCUGGUGCCCCCCACUGUAGUUGUGAUGUAUUGUAGUUUUUAGCUGUUUGUAAAAUGUAAAAGAAAAAUAAAUUAAAUUAAAUUUAAAAAAAAACAGGAAAAAAGGGGAAAAGUAUGAAAAACGAAAAGUAAAACCCAAAUUCCCCCUCUUCCCAUAUUGCGUCCGGCCCCCCUAACCUUGUGGUCACUCCCCUCAUUUUGUAACACUGACCAGGUGGUGACUGUUGAACUCUUUGUGUCUGUGCUCAGACCACCCUUUCCCUUCUGGUGCCAUGUGUUAUGAGCCACAGCUGUGUCACCCCAUCGUGCCGGACGCGACUCCUUCUCUGCCACCCCAGGAGGGGCCGUCCAUCUUCCCACCCUCCUGGGAAUGCCCUUCCUCUCCAGUCGAUGUGAAAAAAUGAAAUGAAGAGAAAAAUAAAAUUUUAAAAAAUCCUUAGAA